AUGAGUAUUCUACGACCAGCGUUCUAUAUAUUGACAAUAUGCGGAUGUUGGAGACCACCCGGAUGGUCCACGAUAGGCGAAAGGUUAUUGUACGGUUUGCACACGAUAUUCGUGUUCCUCCUGUUGCACAGCUUUUGCGCGUCGCAGUUCCUAAACGUGGCGCUGAACGUGAAGACCGCGGACGAGCUCAGCGAGAGCGUCUACAUGUUCAUCGCGAAUUGCUUGUCCUGUUGCAAGAUCAUCGUGCUUCUGGUGAACCACGAGAGCAUAAAGAAUCUGACGAGAAAGCUCGAGGAGGAACCCUGCAAACCGAUGGACGAGACGGAGUCGACGAUUCAGAGGAAGUUCGAUAAAAAGAUCGGGUAA